AUGCGCACAUCGAACUUCUUUCACCGCUGCUGUUUACUUGUCACCAAUAAGCCCCGAGCAUCGCGUGCAUUUCAUAUGUCCUCGCCAACGCAGUGCGAGAAAGCCGCGGCUGAGGGGGCCGUGACGACGAAGACAACAGCGAACAAGGAUUACUACUUCGACUCCUACAGCCACUACGGUAUUCACAUGGAGAUGUUGAAGGAUUAUCACCGCACGACGACCUAUCGUGAUGCGAUCUGGCGUAAUGCAUACAUGUUCAAGGACAAGGUCGUCCUUGAUGUUGGCUGUGGUACUGGCAUUCUCUCGAUGUUUGCUGCCCGCGCUGGUGCCCGCAAGGUGAUCGGCAUCGACUGCAGCAACGUGGCGGUGCAGGCACGCCAGAUUGUACAGGACAACGGCUUCAGCGACAUCAUAACCAUCAUCCAAGGCAAGGUAGAGGAGUUAGACCUAGAUGAGAAGGUGGACAUCAUCAUUAGUGAGUGGAUGGGCUAUUUCCUCCUGUACGAGUCCAUGUUGAACACAGUCCUCUACGCGCGUGACCGCUGGGGCGCGUCGGAUGUGAAGAUUCUGCCUAGCAGCGCCAACAUGUACGCAUGUGGCAUCACGGACCCGCAGUACGUGGAGCAGAAGUUCAAUAUCUGGAACAGCGUGAACGGGCUCGAUUUCUCCUACUUUAAGCGCCUCAGCUACAUUGAGCCGCUCAUCGACACUGUUAACCCGGAGCAGAUCAUCACCGACAUCGUUCCCUUCUUUUCCUUUGACAUCAACAGGGUGACUGAGGCAGAGUUGUCCUUCACGAGUACCUUUACGCUGGAGGCGAAGCAGGGUGACUUCGUACACGCCAUCUCGGUCCACUUCGACACCCCAUUCUACGCAGGGCAUGACCCCGUGGUGCUGAACACGUCGCCAAUGGUCCCGCCUACGCACUGGCGGCAGACAGUGCUCUACAUGUUCCACCCACUGAUCAUGAAGCGUGGCGAGAAGGCAAACUUCACGAUGAAAUGUGCGCCAAAUCCUGGAAACCCGCGGGACCUCGAUAUUUCCUUGCACAUCGACUUCGAUGGGGAGCUGCAGGCGUGCCACUACGACCAAGACUUCCGCCUCCGGUGA